GAAGCAUGAUAUUCGUCAAUUUGAAAGAAGCUUAGUACUGUAUCUUACAAUCAAAACUUCAUAAAAAUGGCUGCUCUAAAACUGUUUGUCAUUUAUAUUUCUGCCCUAUUCUUUUUUCUUAAACAACAUCAAGCUUACGGAGCAAUUUCUCAUCGUACGCUCAAAAUGAUCGAUAGAGCAAACAUGAAUGGGCCUUAUCUUGGUUUGGUCAUUCCUAAUAUGUUUGAGAUGAACCCGCUUCUUCGUUCGCCAAAUUUCACUGCUAGCACUCUCGUUAUUGAUUUUUCUGGUAGGAGAUUCAGGUUUGGAAGUAUUGCUGGAAAAAGAGUUAUUCUAGUAAUGACAGGGCUCGGCAUGGUAAAUACAGGAAUAACCACACAGCUUUUACUGAGUUUGUUCAACGUAGAAGGUGUGGUGCACUAUGGAACCGCCGGAGCUAUAAACCCUUUGCUCAACGGUGGAGAUGUUACCAUUCCUAAAUACUGGUCUCAUACCGGUCUUUGGAAUUGGCAGAAAUAUGGAAGUGGUCCUGAAGACGAGCUUCCUCUAGAAUCAAGCGGAGACUACACAAGACAAUUUGGGUAUAUCAAAAUUGCCAAGUACAAUGCAAAUGUCAACGGAAUCACCAGCAACACCGACGGAAACAAAGAUAACUUGCUAAACAACGUAUGGUACCAGCCAGAAGAAGUAUUUCCAGUAGAUGGAGUUCCUGAACAAAGACAACAUGCCUUUUGGGUUCCUAUUGAUCCACUUUAUUUUGAAAUUUCCAAAAAUCUUAAGGACGUGCCAUUAGACCGUUGCGUAAACCCCACAACAUGUUUAUCCGAGACUCCCAAAGUGGUGACAGUCGAAAGGGGAACAAGUGCAAACAUUUUCCUUGAGAAUGAAGCCUAUAAAACCUUCUUAUACGAAAACUUUCAUGUUAGCGCAAUGGAUAUGGAAUCUGCGUCGGUAGCAUUGGUUUGUUACCAGCAAAAGGUACCGUUUAUUUCUAUCAGGGCUUUGUGCGGUGGCAAAUCUGAACAGAGUAAUCAUAUACCUGAAGACGCAUUCUUGUCUCUUGCUUCAAAGAAUUCCGCGGCAGUUGUUGUGGAAUUUAUCAGGCGAUUGCCCCCAUCGACUAAGACCAAAAGCUUUACAUCAUAUUGACAAUUGCUCUAGAUUUGCGCAUGGUUCUUUCAUUCUUUAUAAUACAAACUAAAGUAGCUGGCAAAGACGAGUAUCUAGCUCAAUUGGUAUUGAUACCGUCUCCAAUUGUAAAGUUCUCAAGUUCAAAUCUCAAUGAGAAUCAUAUUAAAACAAAAAUCAAAGCU